CUGUCUGAGCAGCCAAAUCAAUACUCUUCUAAGUGUGCUGGCAGACAGGGCUAGCUGGGGAGAAGAGAACCAGCUAAAAACAUUUUUAAGCCUGAAAAGAACCAUGGCCUCCGAAAUGGAGCUAAUCUUCAAUCAAGACUUCCACCUAACAGAAUGCAUGAGGCUGAGAGUCAAGAGUCUUGAGCAAAAAAACCAGAGACCACAGGAUGGCGAGAAGCUUCUGCUUCCCAAUGAGUAUGUGUAUCGCCUAGACUUUUCUGAACAGCAGCUCAAGUUUCUGAGGUGGAACAUUAACCUGAAUGCCACUGGGAAAAUCAUCAUCACUGGGACCUCUCAGCACUACACACCCGACCUCACCAACCUUAUGACCCGGCAGCUGCUGGAUCCAUCUGGAAUCUUUUGGAAGACCGAAGGGGAUGGUGAAGUCAAUCACUAUGAAGCAGAUACACAAGAGUUUGGUGAGAGGAUUGCAGAUCUAGCCAGGAUCAGGAAAGUGAUGUACUUCCUGGUGACAUUUCAAGAUGACAUAACUCCAGAUGACAUCAACUGUUCCAUAAUUUUUAAAGUGUGAAGUAGACUUGGAAGAGCAAACAUGACUAAGCUUGACUUUUCAUUGAUCGUUCUGCUUAAACCUGUGUUUUGUUUUUUCCUACGUACUAAUUAAGUAACUUGUGCUUCACUGAGGUAUAAUUUCUUUAAAUUUCUUCUUGUGUUUGUCACUUUGGUUUGUCAUUCUGCUUUGUGAGUUGUAUAUUUUAUUGGCAAGCAAUCAGCCAAAAAUCUAUAAAGUACAUAGAGUUAACAAGGAA